AUGGAAAUUUUGAGUAAAGACGAAGAGGUAGUGUAUAAAGAUCGUGACGAUGUCCUCCAGAGAUGGGAAGAAUAUAUAAAAGAGCUAUAUGACACAAAUAGCAAACCAGAAACUCUGGAACUUGAAUCACACAACAGUGUAGGUGAUGAAGAGAAAGGACCGACCAUCAUAAUGGAAGAAGUAAAGUCUGCCAUUGCUGCAAUGAAAAAUGGCAAAGCAGAGGAGCGGCCCACCGUCAGGGAAGCGGUGAUGAGCCCCCUCGCCCUGGGCGUGCCCCUCACCGUGGUCAACGUGCUGGGGCUGCUCGUCAACGGCUACAUCCUCCUCGUCGUCCUCAUCACCAAGCAGGCGCACACGGCCAACAGCCUGCUGCUGCUACACCUGGGCGCCGUGGACGCGCUGCUGUGCGCCGUCUUUCUGCUCUUCCCGGCUCCGGGACUCCUACUACGCUCCGGCACCGGCGCCGCCUGGCUGGGGGCCGGGUCUGCAGCCUGCGCCACGCACGGCUUCCUCAUCACGCUCCUACACCCGGUGGCGCUGUGGACGGUGUGCGGGCUGCACUGCGACCGGUACUGCGCGAUCGCGGCGCCGCUGCACUACGGCGCGCUGGUGAGCGCGCGGCGAGUCGCGGCCGGGCUGGCGGCUGCGUGGGCGGCGUCGCUGGCGCUGGCGCUGCCGCCGCUCUUCCUGGCGGCGCCCGCCUACCGCUACAGCGCCGCGCAGGCCGGCUGCGCGCCCGACGGCGGCGCCGCCCUCUGGUACUCGGCAGCCUACGCCGUGCUCGCCCUGCUGCUGCCCACCGCCGUCAUUCUCGCCUGCAACGUCAAGGUGCUUAUGAUCGCGCGCUACCACCGGCACCGCAUCGCGUCGGCCAUCUUCGAGGUGGCGCUGUCGGCGCAGGUGACCAUCAUGCACCAGCGCAACCCGCUGGCGGGGGCGGCGACGCCGGCGGCGGUGGCGGCGCGCAGCCUCUACCGGGGGCGGAACGCCGUGCCCACGGUGCUGCAGCUGGUGGCGGCCUGCAUCCUGCUGUACGUGCCCUGGCACGCCGCCAUCCUCUGGGAGGCGGCCGCCGCCGCAGCCUCCGCCUCCGCAGCCGCCUCCGCAGUCACCACCGCCGCCCCCGGCGCCGCCUCCGCCGCCCCCGGCGCGGCCGCAGUGGCCGUGCGGCCGCCCCCGCCGCCGCUGCUGGCCCUGUCGGCCGCGCUGCUAGCGUGCGCGCCCUCCGUCAACGGGGUGCUGUACGGCGUGCGCAGCAAACUGCUGCGGAAGACCUUCCAGAACUACUGGCGCAAGCAGAUGUCCAAGAGCGAGAUGAACCAGGAGAUCCAGGCGCGGACGCCGUCGGCGUGCGGCUCUCGCCGGCCGUCGCUGACGCCGCUGGGCCUGCUGACGCGGCCGUGCGCCGCCACGCUGCAGCGCCGCCUGUCGGAGGCCCUGCUCGACCCCAGCCAGCGCACCAGCCCGCACGCCAGGGACCGGCCGCGCAUCCAGCGCAUCGCUUCAGAGCUCGACUGGCGGCCCGUCGGGCUAGCCGCCGGUAAUCACACCACUCCUCAGUUUUCCGCAGAUUUGUGUAUACAGGGUGUUCAGAAGUUAGCAUUACAGUUGAAACCUGGUGGCCUGGAGCGCGGCGGCCGCGCGCACGCGGCGUCUUGCAACACGCUGCGGGUGCCGGACAGCGAGGCGUCGCCGCUGACGCUGCAGCCGGUGGCCGCGCCCGCGCCCACGUCCGCCCCCACUCCACGAGUCACCGUGAGGGCUGCGCCGGCCGUCUCCUGCGGCCCGGCCAACCUUUUCCUGCAGAGGGUGUUCGGCGCCGGCGCAGCCGCCGGGACCGGCGGCGCAGACAAGGAGGUCUCGCUCAAGAGGGCCGCCGCCAUACAGACGGUUCUGUCGACGCCGCGACGCUCGCCGCGCAUCCUCAUCACGCGCGCCUUCUCGGAGGAGAGCGACCACUCGCCGCCGGCGUCGGCCGCGGCCGGCGACCUCGGCGACGGCGGCGCCGGCGUCGGGCUGGGCCGCAAGUACUCCACGUCGACCACGUCGCUGCUGGACCGCCGCUGGCGGCUCGCGCUCGACGCCAAGGAAUGUAUCGACAGUUCGUCAGACGACGAGUGCGACUGCUCGGACGCCUCGUCGGGGCGGCUGUUCUUCUCGCUGGACUGCGCCUCUGGCGCCAGCACGACGCCGCUCGUCGCCAACAACACGACCAGCAGCGCCAGCAACAACAGCAGCGGCUGCGGCGGCGUCGCCACCAACCACGUGCAGCUGCAGCAGCAGGCCGCGGGCGCUCCACCGCCGGCGCCCAAGCGCCACCAGCUGCAGCUGCAGCUGCACGACCACGACCAGGGCGGCGUGGGGUCGUGGCCGACCGCGCGACGACCCGCCCCCGCCUCCCACAGCAUGGUGCAGCUCGCCAGGAGCCUCAACGACGUGCCCAGCGCGCCAGAGUUCGUGCUCUAG